GAAUGUGAGAGAGAGAGAGAGAGAAAGAAGAGAAGAAGAUAAAACUAGCAAAAAAAAAAAAAAAAACAGAGAAGAAAGACAGAGAGAAAUGAGACACACGGACACAGAGAAAGCGAGGCAGAGUGAUUAAUCGACCUUGGACAUGGAGAAGGAGGGGAAGGUUUUUGAGGUCCUGGGAUGGUUUGUUUGACUUUGUUUCUUCCAUUUUUUUUUCACAGAGAAGCUUGUUAGAUUUUGGCGGGGUUGAAAACUUGAAUGGAUUUUUCGGAGUCCACAAAAGUUGUGUACAAUAGAAUUCAGGCGAUUGAGCCUGAAUUCGUUGGUAAGAUCAUUGGGUAUAUUCUGAUACAAAACCAUGGUGAACGAGAAAUGAUCCGGCUGGCCUUUAGCCCUGAUAAUUUGAUCUAUGCUAUGAUAUGCAAAGCCAAAUCUGAUCUGGGGCUAAACAAAAUACCAGUUCUAAAUCUAAUUUCGCCUUCUCAGGUGAACCCGUCACCUGUUUCAGAUGUUCCGCAGCAAUUCAUUCCUAACUCCACAGUUUCAUCACACCCAAUUUUCUCUCCAGUAAAGGUUAGGACUGCAGGUUCUUUCCGGGAUGCUCAACUGACUGGUGACCUGCAACAGACACACAACUUGGAUUUUGCUCCACCAGGGUACUCAGAAAUGGUUCCUGAAGAUUAUCGGAUUCAAAACCAAAUGCAGUUCCUUGCUUUGGAUGAUCCGAUAGAGUUUGUUAAUUCUGACUUUUCUAGCAGUUACAUCUACCCAGAACCUGCAUUAAGUCCUAGGACCAGCAGAAGGUCUCCAAGCUUGCCUGAAUUUCCUGUUAAGAUUUGCCAUUACUUCAUUAAGGGGUUCUGCAAACAUGGAAACAACUGUAGGUAUUUCCAUGGCCAUCCCAUGCCAGAAAGCUUUUCUCAGAUUUUCAGUUCAAAUUUGAAUGAGAUUGCAAACGAAGAAUUUGUUGUCUCACCUGGCUCUUUUGAAAAGCUUGAAUUGGAGCUCACCGAGCUUUUGAAAUCAAGAAGAGGGGUGCCAGUUUCGAUUGCCUCUUUACCAAUGAUGUAUUAUGAGAUGUAUGGGAGGACGCUGCAGGCGGAAGGGUAUCUUACGGAGAGCCAGAGACAUGGUAAGGCAGGUUAUAGUCUAACAAAGCUCCUAGCUCGAUUGAAGAACAGCAUUCGUCUCAUUGACAGUUUUAUUGUUUGGGACAGGCCUCAUGGGCAGCAUUCAGUGAUUUUGGCAGAAGACUUCCCAAAAUACUUGGAGUAUGCUGGUGAGAGAAACGAUCCUGGUGGAAUCGUUGCUGGUUCUAGACAGAUCUAUCUUACCUUUCCAGCUGAGAGUACCUUUACAGAGCAAGAUGUUUCUAACUAUUUUAGCAACUUUGGGCCUGUUCAAGAUGUUAGGAUUCCAUGCCAACAGAAGAGGAUGUUUGGAUUUGUGACUUUUGUUUUUGCAGAGACUGUUAAGAAAAUAUUAGCAAAGGGGAAUCCUCAUCAUAUCUGCGGGGCUCGUGUUCUUGUGAAACCCUACAGGGAAAAAUCAAGGCUUAUUGACAGCAGGAAGUACAGCGAGAAAAUGCAGCACCCUAUCUAUCACAGCCAUCACUUUAUGGAUGGAGAUUCCGAGCUUCACUCAGCGCUGAGAGUUUGUGAUAAUUCAAAAUCACUCAGGAAGCAGUUCAUGGAGGAACAUGAGCAGGAAAUUGAACUUGAGAGAAGGCGUCUCUCAGAGUUUCAUUUUUCACCUAAACCCUUGAAUCGUCACUCUUUUCUCGGCCACUCUAUGGAUGAGUUGAAGCUCUCAGGAGAACAAGCAGAGUUUUCGUCCGCGGAGCAUUUCAAUUACUGGUUUGAUGUUUUGAAUAAUGGUUCCACAAGUGAGGAAAAGCAUAGGCAUACAAGGACCAGUUGCAGUGACCAGGAUAGCAACCAAGGAGUUAAUCUUCCUGAGAGCCCGUUUGCAUCUGCAAUAGGGAGUGGCAUUUCGACAGUUAUAUAGAGGAAGAAGACACAAGAAUUAUAGAGUUAAGAGGACUGAAUUCCAAGACCAUUUUCGAGGGUUUCAGACAACAUGAAUUUAUUUUCUUAGAAAAAAUUACCUGAACGUGAGCGUCAUCGGUCAGAUACCAGCUGAAGGAGAGAUAAACCAGGAUUUCUCCAUGUUACUCGGUGGAGAUUGCAAAGAUGACAGAUACAUAAAGUUCAUAUGUGACAGGCUCCUGAACCUUUUUCUUUUUCUUUUUCUUCUUUUCUUUUUUAAUUAAUGUAAUCACAGAAAGCAAGCUACAGAGCUUAGAAGAAAAACGUAAUAUAGUCUUUGUCCAGUGUCCCAUAAUUCUUUUCUUAGCUCAUUUUCGUUAA